AUGGACACAGCAACACCACCCCAAGACCCUGACCCCGCAGUCUCCGAAAAAGAUUCCACCCACCCCACCGCCCGGCCCAAAAAGUUCCGCUUCAAAAGCAGCACCAGCAGCCGCCGCACCCACCCACGCACCUCCUCAGAAGAAGAAAAGCACGCGCGACACCGCGCGCACCGCGCAAAACGCUCCAAACACACCCAUCCACGCUCUCCAUCGCCAGAUUCAGUCUACACCACCAGCAGCCGGUUAUCACCAGGUGCCGCAUUCCGCGAAUCGCUGUUCGACGCGCUGGGCGACGACGAGGGCGCCGCAUACUGGGAGACUGUGUACGGGCAGCCGAUACACACGUACUCGGUGCCGCAGACGCGGGGCCCGGAUGGGGAGCUGGAGCAGAUGGAUGAGGAGGAGUAUGCUGCUUACGUGAGGGCUAGGAUGUGGGAGAGGACGAGGGAGGGGAUGGUUGAGGAGCAGGAGAGGCUGAGGGGGGAGAAGGCGAGGAGGAUUCGGGAGGAGAGGGAGGGGCAGAAGAGGCGGCGGGGACAGGAGGAGAGGGAUGGGUUUGAGAGGGCUGUGGAGGAGAGUUUGGCGAGGGGGAGGGAGAGGAAGAGGGGGAGGGCUUGGGGGGUCGUCUGGAGGAGGUAUUUGGGGUCCUGGGGGGAGGUGGAUCGUGCUGUUGCGGAUGUUGGGGCUGAUUCUGCGAAGGGCGAUAAGGAGGGGGCAGGAGGGGAGGCGACUAAGCUGCGCAAUUUACUGUUUUGGCCGGUUGAGUCUGGGAAGAGGAGGGAUGUCUGUCGCGAGGCGGUCGAGGAGUUCAUGCGCCAUGCACCGGUGCCGACUGGGGUGGAUGCCGGGGGGGUAGAUUCUCGCGAACUGCUGGUGGCUACGCUCAAGGCGGAGCGUGUGCGGUGGCAUCCGGAUAAGAUCCAGCAGCGGUAUGGAGUGCUGGGGAUCGACGAAGCGGUGAUGCGCAGCGUGACGGAGGUAUUCCAGAUCGUGGAUGAGCUGUGGGGGGAGAUGCGCGGACAGUCUUAG